CUUCGUAGGUUUCUUACUCUUGUUUUUUGUAUGGCGUGGCUUUAAUCUUCUUCUCAUUACUCAUCAAUUUUUGACAACUGUGUUUUGUCUGAGUUUCAGUUUUUUUUGUUAAUGAGCUUUAUACACAUUGUUAAGUCUGUGCCAAUAACCUACUACAGGUUCAGAGGAAAUAAAAGUUCAUAAAUUGAGUUUAAGCUUUUAACAACCAAAUAUAAAGACCCAACCAGUGAUUCAUUGUGUUGUUAGCCACUUUUAUUAACAUGUUAUAUCAUAUACAUAAAGCAUGGCCAAGUACCGAAACUAUACUCCCUUUGUCAAACUUUUUCAAUAGAAUCUCUACCAAAGAGCACAAAAUUUGAUUUUGGAACUUGGGAUCAGGAAUGUUCAAGAGAAUUUCUCUAGUUUUGGUGCUUAUUCUGGUGUCAUGGGCAUUCCAGGCUACACGGCCCCCACCACCUAAAAUAUGUGGCUCCCCUGGAGGACCACCUAUCACUGCUCCUAGAAUAAAGCUUAGAGAUGGAAGGUUUUUGGCCUACAAAGAGUAUGGUGUUGCAAAAGAAUCUGCCAAACAUAAGAUCGUCUAUGUUCAUGGCUUUUCAUCCUGCAGACAUGAUGUGAUGGUUGCAACAACCCUCUCUCCGGAAACUUUAGAAGAAUUACAGGUUUAUGUGGUUGGAUUUGACAGACCAGGCUAUGGAGAAAGUGACCCUGACCCUAACCGCACAGUAAAGAGUUUGGCUUUAGAUGUAGAAGAGCUUGCUGAUCAGUUGGGACUUGGAUCCAAAUUUUAUGUGAUGGGAUUUUCCAUGGGUGGCCAGGCCAUAUGGGGUUGCCUCAAGUAUAUCCCCAAUAGGCUUGCAGGAGCAGGACUCAUAGCCCCCGUGAUCAACUACUGGUGGCCUUCUUUUCCUACAAACUUGUCCACUGAGGGCUAUUACCUACAGCCACCAGAGGAUCAAUGGACACUCCGAGUGGCUCACUACCUACCAUGGCUAACCUACUGGUGGAACAGUCAGAAAUGGUUUCCUUCAUCAAGUGUUAUAGUUGAGAAACUUGUAAAUUUCUCUCCUCAUGAUAUACAACUUAUCAUGAAAAGUCUCUCAGUUCCUAAUCAUGAGAGAGAAAAAAACAAGAUGCAAGCCAAACAGCAAGGAGAAUUCGAGUCUGUGCAUCGAGACUUAAGAGUUGGAUUUGGGAGAUGGGAAUUUGAUCCAAUGAAAGAUCUGAAGAACCCUUUUCCUAACAAUGAAGGCUCUGUCCAUCUAUGGCAGGGUUAUGAAGAUAGGCUUGUCCCAGUAGCCCUGCAACGCUAUAUUGUUGAUAAGCUUCCAUGGAUUCGGUACCAUGAACUAGCAGGUGCUGGACACAUGUUUCCACUUGCCAGGGAGAUAAGUGAAACUAUAAUGAAACAGUUCCUCAUUGGGGAGAAGUAGAUUGCAUUAUUAUUCUCCAUUUAAGACUUUAUGGAAAUGACCUCCGACUCAAGGGACCAUAGCUGAUAGUAUAAUUAUUCAAGAUGAAAACAUUUCCCAUGAAAAGCAAUAGAGCCUUUUUUUGUGUUUGUGUGUGUGUUUUUGUAGUUGUUUUGUUUUGUUUGUAUGUUUUUCUUAUUCUUAUUUUUUAUAAAGGAAAAUGUCAGCUAAAGCAAACAUACACUAUAAAGUUUGAGACCUAUGGUUGUAGUGGUGA